CACACUUGAUUCACCUUCCUCCGGCUCUCUCCGGUGUAAAGAUGGCCAGCUCCGAAUGGGAAGAAGUAAAGCGACUCGCCAAAGACUUUCAGCGAGCUCAGUUGACAACUGCUACUCAGAAGUUGUCGGAGAGGAACUGCAUUGAGAUUGUGAACAAACUGAUAGAGGACAAGAAGAUAGAGGUAAUCUAUACUCUGGAUGGCAAGGAGUAUCUGACACCAUCCCAGGUAGUGAAAGAAAUUCGAGAUGAACUCAUCAUUCAUGGAGGUAGAAUAAACCUAGUAGAACUCCAACAGAUACUGAACAUUGAUUUUAGCUACAUUGAGGCCAAAGCUAAUGAAGUAGUCAAGAAUGACCGUAAUGUGUUCUUGGUGCUUGGACAACUUAUAGACAAUGACUACCUUGAUCAUCUAGCAGAAGAAAUCAAUGACCAACUCCAAGAUGCCGGCCAGGUGUCCAUUGCAGAACUCACCAAGGCCAAUGAUGUCCCUGCUGAUUUCUUGACGGAGGCUAUUGAGCAGAGGAUGGGGCGGAUCAUUGAGGGUCAGAUGGAUGCCUAUGAUAGGGGUGUGAUCUUCACCCAAGCCUUCGUUGACAGGCACAGGGCGAGGAUACGAGGGAUCUUCAGUGCAAUCACCAAGCCAACUCAAGUCUCCAACAUAUUGAACCAAUACCACAUUCCUGAGAGGUUAUUUCACAGUAUUCUUGAAGGUCUUGAGAAGGAAAAGCGUUUGAAGGGCUCCCUCAUGGGUGGCAGACAGGAGAAGGCCUCGUACAUUCCUGAUAUCUUCACCAAGACACAGAAUGAUUGGGUCGACUCCUUCUACGCACAGAAUGGUUAUCUUGAAUUUGAUGCCUUGUCAAGACUUGGCAUCCCCGAUCCCAAGUCUUUUGCCAAGCGUCGUUUCAAGUCGGAGAAUCUGCUUAUCCUACAGUCUUGUUGCAUCGGCAAAGUUUUACAAGACCGUGUAGAGGCUAGCGUGGAGGAAGCAUUGUCGUCUGGUACAUGGAUAGAUGUCUUACCCCUCCUUCCGAGCUCCUUCACAUCGACUGACUGUGGACAGAUCUUGCAUCACUGCCUCAAAGGAAACCGUCAGCUAGACGGCAAGGUCUUCUGCGAUACAAUCAUCUGUAGUCAUAAGUUCAUGGCUGAUUGCAAGGCAAUCUUUUAUCCCAUCAUGAAAGUCAAAGCAAAAGAGGAUGCCAAGAGAGCACCAGACAUCUUGAUGCAGGCUGACAAGAAACCAUCGGGGGGAUCGGAUGCUAAAAGAGAUCGCAAAGAAGAGAGGAGAAAAAAGGCGGCAGGUGUUGGUGGGGGUGGUAGUGCUAAGGGCGGCGUAGGAGGGCAGGCCAGAGAGGUCAAAACGAAGAAGGUCAAGAAAGGACGAGGGAAAGAAGUUGAAGAGGAUGAUGAUGAAGAUACGCAGAGAGGGUCCAGAGUAUCAGCCUCCGAGUUCCCGUUCAUGACGCUGGAGAAGAUGGAAGAAAUGUUGAGUGAGAAACUGGAUGAAUGUCCAGUAGAGCUUCAUGCGGAACUUGCUGAGGAACUCUUCAGGCCUCUAACUCGUGCCUACCAGGAUGUUGUGAAAGUGGCAUUCCAGAUGAUGGCCGGAGGAAGCGCUGCCACCAGGAGAAAGACGAGAGAUGAUCUUCAAGACGGGAUCAAUGCCUUUUGGAAUAACAUCAGACAGUUCAUCAAGGGGGUCAAGCAGUGCUCAGGAGAUGAGGAACUUGAAGGCCAGCUAUCCCGCUAUCUCCUGCGAUCACUCUGCUCCGAUGUGACCAACAUGCUAUGUUGUGCUGUAGCUGAACCAGCCAUAGCAACAGAUCCUCUCACGCUCACACCAGAGAUGCGAUCAAACAUCAUCAGCAAGCUUCCAGAUAAGAUAAAGACAGUCAUGUCAAAACUAAAUAGCUCCCUCAGUGGUAAGGAUCUAGAUGAAUUUGUGGAGAACCUAGAGCAGUCGUGUGACCCUUCCGUCUGUGACAUCAUGCUCAAGAAACCAGACAAAAAGAAAGACAGGCAAGCGGUGUUCCAUCAUCGACAAGCCCUGUGCGAGCAGCUGAGGAACGAAACCGAUUCCGCCUUGGCCCUUCAUCUUACCAUCACCGUUGCCUUCCAAAACCACACCCAAUGCAUGCUCCAUGCACCAGGAAGAUGCGUACCUCAGCUGAUCACAUUCCUCAGUAAACACCUCACUGCUGACCAACACGCCCUCUUAGUCCAAUACCAAGACCUGGUCCAAAAAAACAUGGCUCACAUCCGAGAGCAGGAUCAAAAGAACAGCGCACCUUCAGGCGAGGAGGAGGGGGAUAAGACGAGUGCAGUGGAUGAGGAGAGUAAAAUUAAGACCCAACUCCAGGAUUUGCUGAAUAAGAUCAAGGACGUAGCUCUGGUGAAGAAAGGAUCAGCUGCUAAUCAUGAGGAUUAAACCCUAGGAUUGAACCCUUUAAUACAUUUUCAGUUAUGUUUUCGUGUUAUAUUUCGUUAGAUCCCAGAAUAUCCAUAGAUAUGAAAAUUAUUAUGAAAAUUUCUUUAAUAGAUCAUAUCCAUCCCAUGUGCCGAAAAACUAUGUAUUGUUAGAUUAUUUGUUUUUAUUUUUAGAUAAAUUUCUCGAAAUUCAGCUUGUCACCUCAUGGUAAUCCAUAAUAUCUUUACCUAGUGUAAUGCAACUGCAUUAUGUAUUGAUUAAAGACCAAACCUUCUCAACGAUAGUAUAUUCUAUGUUGGACUGAAUAUCAAAUAUGACACCAAAUAAUUAUAUUCCGCCCUUUCCAAUCAAUUCCAAUGAAUUCCUGUUUAUGUAGAGUAUUUAAGGGGAAGGGGCCAACUGAACUACGCUGUGUGAUGACCAACAUUGCAGCAUCAGUGCAUUGAAUAGUGAAUUAGUGUGUUGCCAUUCAAAUGGGUCUAUAUUACAAGACUACACUGCUAGUAUUCGUUCUGAACGAAGGCGAGAGGAGCAGUCUAGGAUUCAGGGGAUGCUCUGAAAGGCUGCUGGAUUGUAUAUGCUUUAAAAGCAGAUACGAACUAAUAGCGCCAUCUCAAGUCCUCAACUACUCAUACCUGUCCAGUUUCCUGACCCAUAAUGCUAGAGUAGUCUAGUAAUACAGACCCACUUGAAUGAUAACAAGCUUAUUAACUACUCAAUACAUUUAAACCGCAAUAAAUAUGUUACCACAUACAUGUAGUAAAACAAUUACUUUUCACCUCAAAACGUUUCAGUUUCUUUUCACAAAUACAAUAAUAGGUCACUUUAUUCUCUGUAGUAUAUUAAAGUAAAUAUCUGAAAAUGUAUAUUUCAAGACUAUGUCUUUAUAACACACAGUCAAUGAGAGACCACACACAGUUCACUCCUGCCCUAAAAGGACUGGGCUAUUGGAGAUGUAUAGAGGACUGAGGGGCGGCCCUUCUGAUCUCGGCAGCCGUUUGCGCGACCGCGUCAAAAUUUGGCAUGGAAUGGAAAUUAUUACAGACCAUUUAAAUAAUAAAUUAAACCCUGAAUUAACUCAGCAGACCAAUUUCGGCAGGACAUUGUCUCGUAAAAAGUCAUUAAUUUUUGCGGCGCUAUUUUUUUUUGCGUUUCUGAAAUAUCGCACAAAGCGUUGAGGGGGCAUCAUGGCCCGCAGUCCUUUUAUGGUUAAAGGUACAUUGAAGUUUGCGAUGUUAUGUGAAAUUUGUAAUGAAUAUUCACUCGCUUCUGUCUCUUGACUUGUCUUCCUCAAUGGGAGAAAAAAUGUACUUGCAGCUAAAUUGAAAGAAGAUGAAUACUAACUACUAUUCUUAGUUACUCUGGGAUGAAAAUAAUUAUAUCUUUAUGAAUAAAGUAAAAUUUUCCUAGCAGAAAGCUAAAAAAAUAGUCAUCAAAUUUUGAUAACAAAUGAGUGAUUUACUGAAUUUCAAAUCAGGCAUUAUUUCAUGAAAAUAAUUAUGUGCAUGUCGUCAUGAAAAUUCAUUAGGUUGGCUGUUGAUUUUAUUUCCCACUUUCCUUUUUCUCAUGUUAUUAGAUUAAAUCAUAAUUAUUUUCUAUUAUCAUACAUGUAUGUAUGGUUUGUCUCCCAAAUGACUAUCCGAUAUGCAUUAAAUCAGUUUUCAAUCCAAUUAGUUUAAUUCUUGAAGGACAACAUUUUGAUAAAUACAGUUUCAUGUAAUAAAAUAAAAACAAACAAGUAGGGAUCUGACGUUAAUAUCAGUUUGCUCAUUUCAUAUUCAUGAAGACAAGCACAAAACCGAAAUAACUUUCUCAUUCCUUAACCAGUGAUAAUUUCUCUUAUGUUUGAUUUUUCUUUAACUGAUCAAAUUAUAAUAUAUUUAGCCUGGAGUACCCCUUUAUCCCAUCUCACAGCCGGGGGGGGGGGGGGAGGUGGUGUUGAUUCCGCCCUCCCCCCUGAGAUCUCGGCCUUCGAGCGCCGCAAUAAAUUGCAUGGUGGUAGUGUGCAGUAAAAUCUACAGGCUGUAUGGUUAAUUUUUUUGAAAUAAUAAGAUUUUUUAUUAAAUGAAUUAAUUAUGCUAAUUUAUGCAUGAAAUAAAAUAUUUGCUCUAAUCAACUAUCACACUGCCC